UUGGGGAGCUACGCCAGCCUAUUUAUUUCGUAAAUCAUACGAUUGUUUAAGUAUUUUUGUGUUAUUUUGAUGGUUUUGUUAUUACUUCCCAUCGAUAAUCCUUUUUAAAUAUGUUCCUUGACAAUAUUCGUCAUGUGUUUCUGUGACAUUAUAGAAUUCUGCCUUAGAAAAUUUCUUGGCGGUAACAAUAUCAUGAUUAACAACAAAUUAAUUGUGCUUAUAGAAAACUUGUAAGCUAAGCUUAAAUAGGAAAAUUUUCGUUUACAAGCUUCCUUAUAAGUUAAUUCGUGAUCAAAUUGAAAAGUUUUAGGCCGUAAAUAGUUCUUCGAUAUGAAUGAUGUUCGGGAUAAAGUUGUCGCUGGAUCCUCAUCGUGGGAGACGGCACCAACCCUCAGCGAUUCGUCUCCGGAAAUCCAGUCGUCGCCCGGCGGCAGUGGCGAGACCCCGCAGACACCGGGCGCCCCAGCUCCUCUCGCUCCUCAUCUCUCCUCCGAAUUGCACCCUGAUCUGCUGCAACAAGGGUGGCGGAAAUACUGGUCCAGGCGAGAAAACAGACCGUAUUUUUGGAACAAAAUUUCCGGCGAGUCAAUGUGGGAACUGCCUGCUGUUAAAAGGGAUUUCGAUCCCAUAACAGAUCCACUUGGAAUAUGCCACACAGGGCCCCCAAAUGCCGGCAAUGUAACUCCCAGUGCCACUAAGCGACGGCCAUCGGAAGAUAAUGGUCCCCCACCUAAAAAGUUUGUCCUUGCAGGUCCAUGGGACAUUGAAGUACCCACAAAUGUUGUGAUAUAUGAACGUCCCCCAACUAUUUGCCCUCAUCCCCAUCCUGAAAUUGAGGGAUUUCGAUUUACUCUAGCCAAUAAGUUAAGGCAGUGUUAUCAGGAGCUGUGCCACACCAGAGAAAGUAUAGAUGCCCCCAAAGAUUCUUUCAAUAGAUGGUUAAUGGAAAGAAAAGUGAAUGACCAAGGAGGUUCUGAUCCACUUCUCCCCAGCCACUGCUUUCCAGAGAUAUCUCACUCAAUGUAUGAAGAAAUAAUGAAUGAUAUACCAAUAAAAUUAACCCAUCCAAAAUUCACUGGAGAUGCCAGAAAGCAGUUGUCCAGAUAUGCUGAAGCAGCUAAGAAAAUGAUAGAAUCAAGGAAUGCCUCACCAGAAAGCCGUAAAGUAGUGAAGUGGAAUGCUGAGGACACAUUUCAAUGGUUGCGGCGUACAGUGGGAGCUACUUAUGAUGAUUUCCAAGAUAGACUGGCACAUUUGAGAAGACAGUGUCAGCCUCAUUUGGCAGAAACAGCAAAAGCUUCAGUUGAAGGAAUCUGUCUUAAGAUCUAUCAUUUAUCAGCAGAAUAUGCUCGCAAGAUAAGAGAAAAACAUAGCAUACUACUAAAAGAGAAUGGGAUACAGGAGCUUCUGGCGCCACUACAGCAGGCGGCUCUGCGCAAAGUGUGGUGCUACCCGGUGCAGUUUGCGUUGCCCGCACCACGCUCUCCGCUGGUUGAGCACUUCCUCGACCGCGACCAGGCCCUGUUACGCUAUUUGGGAGACACCCAGAUCCUCAAUGCCACCUAUUUGCAGAAAUUAGAACACCUGUACCGGUACAGCUGCUUCGACGACAAGAAGUUCGAGCAGUUCCUCUCGCGCGUGUGGUGCGUGCUGCGGCGCUACGCGGCGUGGGUGGGCACUGCGCACGCGCAGGCGCAGGCGCCGGACGCGCACCUGGCGCAGAUGGCGCUGCCCGUGCCCGUGCUCGAGUGCCUGCACAGAUGCUUCGGCGUCACCUUCGAGUGCUUCGCGAGCCCGCUCGACUGCUACUUCCGCCAGUACUGCUCGGCCUUCGCAGACACAGACUCCUACUUUGGAUCCCGAGGGCCGUUCCUGGAGUUGCGGCCGGUGGCGGGGUCGCUGGUGGCGCACCCGCCAUACUGCGAGGAGCUCCUGGAGGCGGCGCUCCGGCACAUGGAGCGCUUGCUACAGGACUCCGCCGAGCCUCUCAGCUUCGUCGUGGUGCUGCCCGAGUGGGCCGACCGCCACGCGCACGCGCUUCACAAGCUGCAGGCCAGCCACUUCAAGCGGAAACAGGUUGUGAUACCAGCAUUCGAACAUGAGUACAGGCACGGUUUCCAACAUGUCCUUCCAAAGUGA